AUGGCUUACAAGAAAAAUCCGUCGCCAAUACCUCGCUCAUUAUUAAGAAAGAUUUUACCUCUUAUAGCCCUUUUUAUCUUGGUCUCUGCCCUAUCAUUCAUUUGCUACCAAAUUUAUCGUACCAUUCUAAAGAUCUCGUCUGCAACGUCAGAAAAAAUGCAAAAACGAAACAUGAGCAUUUCGAAGGGCGGAGCCAAACUUAGCAUCAGGGAAAUCAAAAAUGAAGGCUAUGUUGAUACGACACAAAGUUUCGUCGUUAAGGCCUGGAACUUGAGCAACUUUUCUGGUCAGACAGGUCGCAUUAGAUGGGGCAGCAUAACUUCAGGCAGUAGGAGGAAUAGCGAGGUGAGACGUCAAGCUACUUGA